UCCUCUACCCAUUUGCGGUCCUUUAUGACAUCCGCAAAUUCUUCGAAAGCGGGAGCUUCCCUCUCCGAGAAGAAAAAAAAUCUUCGAAAGAGCAUCACCGCCCGCUUGCGUGCUUUGGACGAUUCUUACGUGGCCGCGGAAGUCAGCCGCCUUUUCCCCCGCUUGCUUGCGUUGGAUGAAUACAAGGACAGCACCUGUGUGAGUCUUUACCUCUCCAUGCCAGCCAAGGAGGUACCCACAUUCCCCGACUUGCUCGAGAUAGUAAUGACAGACGGGAAAAGGGCGGAAAGGAGAGCGAGGGAUGUCUACGUGCCUAAGGCCCUGCUCCUGGCGAUAUGGUCAUGCUUCCUCUUUCUUCUCCCAAAGACGUGA